GACUUGGCAGCAGUUUGGUUUGAACGCCUUCACUUUUGACAGAAGUCGGUGUUCGUAAACACAGCAGCUGACUUUUACAGCUUCGAGGAGUAAAGUCGCAUGUGUACACUAGCUGCUGGGGAAUAAAUACAAACUUCUCCUGUGGCUGGCAAAGAUGGCUCACCUCGAAGCACUUUUCAAGUAUGUGGACGACAACCAGGAUCUGUACGUGCAGCGCCUUGCUGAAUGGGUUGAAGUCCAGAGUGUGUCUGCUUGGCCAGAGAAACGUGGAGAGAUCAAGAAGAUGAUGGAAAUGGCAGCCAAGGACAUUGAGAGACUGGGGGGCACAGUGGAGAUGGUGGACAUUGGCAAACAGCAACUUCCCUCUGGUGAGGAAAUCCCUCUGCCUCCUAUCAUCCUGGGGCAUUUGGGGUCAGACCCUGGUAAGAAGACUGUGUGUAUCUAUGGCCACCUCGAUGUCCAGCCAGCCAGUAUUGAUGACGGCUGGGAUACAGAGCCUUUCACUCUGGUGGAGAAAGAUGGUAAGCUCUAUGGAAGAGGGUCUACUGAUGACAAGGGUCCAGUGUUGGCCUGGUUUAACUGCAUUGAGGCCUACCAGAAGAUCCAGCAGGAGCUUCCCAUCAACAUCAAAUUCUGCUUUGAGGGAAUGGAGGAAUCUGGAUCUGAGGGCCUGGAUGAACUGGUGAUGUCUCGUAAAGACACCUUCCUGAAAGACGUGGACUAUGUCUGCAUCUCUGACAACUACUGGCUGGGAAAGAACAAGCCCUGCAUCACAUAUGGUCUGAGAGGAAUCUGCUACUUCUUCGCUGAGGUGGCAUGCGGUGAAAAGGACCUGCACUCUGGUGUGUUUGGUGGCUCCGUUCAUGAGGCUAUGACCGACCUCAUCGCACUCAUGGGUAGCCUGGUAGAUGUGAAGGGAAACAUUUUGAUUCCUGGGAUUAACGACAGUGUGGCUUCUCUGACAGUAGAGGAGAAAAAGCUGUAUGAGAAAAUUGAUUUCGACUUGGCUGAGUAUUCCAAAGAUGUUGGAGUUGAAAAGCUUCUGCAUGACACCAAGGAGAAAAUUCUAAUGCACCGCUGGAGGUACCCAUCUCUUUCUCUCCAUGGUAUUGAGGGAGCGUUCUCUGAAGCAGGAGCCAAGACUGUCAUUCCCCGAAAGGUCAUUGGAAAGUUUUCCAUCCGUCUUGUCCCCGAUAUGGACCCCAAAGUGGUGGAGGAGCAGGUUAUCAGCCAUCUGGAGAAGACAUUUGCUGAUCGGGGAUCCCCCAACAAACUGAAAGUGUACAUGGGCCAUGGAGCAAGAGCCUGGGUCUCUGACUUCAACCACCCACACUACAUGGCUGGUCGAAAGGCCAUGAAGACAGUGUUUGGUGUGGAGCCUGACCUCACUCGUGAGGGUGGAAGUAUCCCAGUCACCCUAACGUUCCAGGAGGCCACAGGUCGUAACGUCAUGCUUCUUCCUGUUGGAUCCAGUGACGACGGCGCUCACUCCCAGAAUGAGAAAAUCAACAGAUCCAACUACAUUCAAGGAAUCAAGGUGCUGAGUGCAUAUUUCCAUGAGGUUUCCCAGCUGCAAUGAAGCACUAAACCAUAGAAAAUGCAGUAUCUUAUUCACACUGCCUUCUUGCAAUAAAGUGUUUUUCUUUG